CGUCUGAUUCGUAGUGAACCGGCACGACUGUUCCUUCCCUCGCUUCAAAAAACACAAGUGCCAUUUAUCACAAACGUCAGUGCAAUGUCAGCGAGAUUGCGUUACUUCAGUAACCCGUACGAGCUCGAGCACGAGCCGCCGGAAGUGUUGCAAGCAGACUUGAAGUUUGUGAGUGAAGAGUUGUUGCCAAACGUGGCGGAGAGAAUAACACACGCAGUGAUGCCGGAGGAAGCGGAUUCUGAUGCGCAGUUGUACGUUGGCACAGCUGGCAUUGCCUACGCCUUUUACCACGCAAGUCAAGUCUCAUCGGCGUCGCAGGCCCUCCAUUACCAGCAGCUGGCGCAGAGGUACCUGCAGCCAGCAAUGCGCGCGAUCAAUCGCCGGAGCAAUCGUUUGAAUUCGGGAUUUCUUUGCGGAGAUGCUGGGGUCAUCGCUGUGGCCGCGGUCAUAUCCGCGACCACCGGGGACAAGACUCAGAGCGAUUUCCUCGGGAAACUUUACGCUGAUCUCGCGGAAAUCUGUGAGCCUCUGGAAUUUUUGCGAGCUGGAUCCGAUGAAUUUUUUGUUGGACGCGCCGGGUACUUGUGUGGGGCCAUGUGGCUGAAUAAAAGAUUGGGGAGAGAGGUGGUACCUGUUGAAAUUAUGCACCAACUUGGGAAGAUUGUUGUGCUUUCGGGACAAAAGUACGCAGCCAAGCAUAAAAGCCCUUGUCCACUUAUGUAUUCUUAUCAUGGGACUGAGUAUCUUGGCGCGGCACAUGGACUGUCGUCUAUUCUUCAAGUUCUCAUUCAGAUUCCCAAUUUUCUGGACACGAACGAGGAGUUCGAUCGCCUGGUCCACCGCUCCGUGGAUUUCCUCCUGAGCCUAGAAACCCCAUCGGGCAAUUACCCAAGCAGCCUAGGCAAAACUGGCCCCAACUCUCGCCGGGAGGACAACGAACUGGUGCACUGGUGUCACGGGGCCCCAGGCGCAGUAUACCUCCUCGCAGCGGCGUACCGGCGCUACCAGGACCCCCGUUACCUCCAGGCGUGUCUUCGCGCCGGCGAUCUGGUGUGGCGAAAGGGCCUCCUCCGCAAGGGCCCGGGAAUCUGUCACGGUGUAGCCGGCAGCGGUUACGUUUUCCUACUCCUCCACAGACUCACGGACGACCCGAUUCACCUGCGCCGGGCGGCGAAAUUCGCCCGAUUUCUCAAGAACCCCGAGUUCGAACGACAUGCCUGGACGCCGGACUGUCCAUACUCACUUUACGAGGGCCUAGCUGGUACUCUCUGUUUCCUCGCUGACCUCGUGCGACCCGAGCACGCCGCCUUUCCCUUCCAGGACCCAUUCCUCUAAUAAAAAUAUCGACUCAAAACCCCCGAAAAUGAACUGAUAAUUUUAACGCUCCCUCAACCGAUUUCCUCGUGCCUCUUGUCUAGACUCAAUAAAUGUCAGUUUGAAACUAGCUGCUGUGGAAAAAAAACGUUUAGGAGAGAGAGAAGGGCAGAGCGGAUGGCGCAGGUGAAUGCACUCUCGGUGAGACUCAUCGCUGGGCUUUUACCGAUCCUGCUACCGAUCUCCUAGCUCCUGCUCCUAGACAUCGAUACCAGGAUAACAUGUCGCAAGUGGUAGAUAAGUGGGCCUUGCUAGAGAGAAGGUACUUCGCUAAGAGAAGGGGGUACUACAAACCGGUUUCUCGAUCCAGCCGGUAAUGCAGGUUUUCAUGCAGAUUAUUGCCAUUCAUGACCUCCUCAUAUGCCGAGGUACUUCACCGUGAAAAAGACCAAUACAUGUACAACCAGAGACAAUGUAAAUGUACUUUGAAUCUCAAUUAAAGAAAUUUCAAUUACAAAAAAUAA